AAGCGCACGCCGCCCGCCCCGCCCAGCCCAGCCGCCCAGGACGGCAGCGGAGCCCCCCCAACCCCAAACCGCACCAGCGCACCAAAAACCCGCCCGCCCGGCCGCCAGCGUCUCGUCGCCGGCCUUCGCGAAGCCUCUCCAGCCCCUCCGUCUCCGUCUCGCGGCCUGGAGCGAUGCAGCUAUACCACCACCCCUAUUCUCUGGACAGCCAGAAAGUGCGGAUGGCGCUGGAAGAGAAGGGUAUCGACUACACCUCCUACCACGUCAACCCGCUCACGGGCAAAAACAUGAACGUGGACUUCUUCCGCAUGAACCCCUCCGCGAAGCUCCCUGUCUUCCAGAACGGCGCUCAUGUCAUCUAUCGUGCCAUCGACAUCAUUCAGUACAUAGACAGACUUGCGGUGCAUUUGAGUGGCGAGAUCCCCCCUGUGAAUACUGUGGUUCACCAUUGGAUGCAGAAAGUUGAUGCUUGGAAUCCCAAGAUGUUCACCCUCACACAUACCCCGGUCAAGUACCGUGCGUUUGUCUCCAAGUUCAUAAGGCAGGUGCUGAUUGCUCGCAUGGCUGAAGCCCCUGAUCUAGCUAGCAUGUACCAUGUCAAGCUCCGUGAGGCUUAUGAGACCGAGGACAAAGUAAAGGACCCUGACAUCAUGAGGCAAAGUGAGGAAGAACUGAGCAAACUCCUUGAUGAUGUUGAAGUGCAGCUCAGCAAGACCAAAUACCUCGCUGGCGAUGACUUCUCACCUGCUGAUUCGAUGUUCAUCCCUAUUCUUGCGCGUAUAACUCUUCUGGACCUUGAUGAGGAAUACAUCAACUGCAGACCCAAGAUACUUGAGUACUACAAUUUGGUGAAGCACCGGCCAAGCUACAAGGUUGCCAUUGGCAAGUACUUCAAUGGGUGGAAGAAGUACCGGACUCUCUUCAAGACAUCAUUCUUCCUUUGCGUUCGAACCUUGUUCAGGAGGCCUUAAUACUGGUUGGCUUUUUAGAUAAACAUGAGAUCUCCUGCACUUCUCUACGUUUACAAUGCAGGACAGGGCCUGGCAAGUGGCAACAAGCUAUAAUGACGCACCAUGGGGACAGGUCUGUACUUUGCUUUCUCUACAUUUAUCCAGAGUGCGCUACAGGCCUAUACAUACCUCGGAGGCUGGCUCUGUUCAACGAUUCAAGGUUCUUGCUUGGGAGAAUAUGGAUGUUGUAGGACUUGAGAGCAAGUUGGGAAGAGGAAGAAAGAGAGGGCCUAAGAGCAGUGGGAAUGGGAACAUAGAGGAAAGCCCAACCUGUUCGUUUUCUCCUCUGGCAGCAGAGGUGGAAGCUAAUCUUGGUUCGGUAUUUCCCAGUGCCUCCCAUUCCUAUCGUUCUUAGGCACUCCUUCCUUUUCCCUUUGGCUUGCUGUUUAAUUGGUUUAGUAGACUAAACCAAACUAUGCACCUGUUUGGAUGAUUUGAACUCGAGGUGAGUGUGGAAGAGGAAGAAAAGAGGGCCUAGGAGCAAUGGGCAUGGGAACAUAGAGGAAGGCCUAGGAUGCAGAGAUCUCAUUUUCAGUCUUCCUGAUGCCUCCCAUGCCUGUUGUUCUUAGGUGCUCCUUCCUCUUUCUUUCAUCUUACACAGAAAACAAAAAGAUAAAUGGUGUUAUUUCUUUUUAAAAAUGGUCUAAUACUGUUAUUCACAAGGCCAUUUUCAUUUUCAUUGUUUCUCUGGUAAGGUUCAAUUCAUGCAUAACUUAAGAUAAUGCUUUGUUAAUUAUAAUUAUUUCAGUUUCAGAUUCAUUGGCAUGUUAGUCUACUGAUAAGUUAAGGUGAUGGCUUGACUGUUAGGCUAUGUCCAGCACACCAGAUUAUGUUCUAAUUCCAUUUUCAUCGAGAAAUGUUCUAAUUUCAUUAGCAGAACAAAAUAACCACAUAAUUGUGAAGUGUUCUGGAUGUAAUUACAUACUCCACCAAGAUUUGUGAAGUAGUUUGAAAACUGGCUAGCACAUGAAAUCUUGUCAGGAAGAUAUACAUGUAUGUUAUUUCACAGAACAUGCCACAUGUAUUUGCAACUAAAUUUUCUUCUAUGAAUAAGGAUUGCAAAGUAUAGAGAGAAAAAAGACGAUGAUGAUACACAUGACAUAAACAUUGUACUCUGACGGUAUUUGAAUCAGUGAGCACAGCACAAUCAAAGCAAUUACCCUGCCAAAUUUAAAUCAAAUGACCCAGAAAUGCCGACAUGUCUUGGCCUUCCGAGUUACCAACGGACCGUAGUUUAUUGUAUCUGAUAGUAAUUGGGAAAAAUAUUAUCUGAUAAUUUUAUCAAUUGUGAAAUAAUUUUUUCUUCCUUUUUGAGAAACAGAAAACUGGGGAGCUCCAUGUGAGAUGUUCUAAUAAGUGGAAGAAAGUCAAAUUGAUAGCUAUGUCUUCUUGUACAUAAUUUGAACUUUUUGUUGCUAGCCUGAACAAUUAUUGGUUUUGCAUUUACAUAGCCAAUGAUUACAGCUCUCCUGCUUUCUGGUUCCAACUAUUACAGUUAUCACUGUUUUAUUGUUGUUUGCUCUUAACCUGAAUUAUACAGCUCUCCUUAUGUUUGAACAGUUACAGUUGUCAGUGUCUUAUUGCUUGCUUUAGUUAUAAUGUGGCCAAGUUCUUAUACAUUUUAACUUAUAGCAUCUAAUUGCUUUUAAACAGCAUGCGUUAUCUCUGAUGUGGGGUGUGUUUCCAUUGGUUCUCCUUCCUCUUCCUUCAGCUCACACAACAAUACACAGGAGGAGGGGUGUGUUUCCAUUGCUGAUCUGGCCAUUUUUCCUCGAUGAUUAUUUGGCAUGACUCUCUACAUUAGCUUAUGAUGAUGGUUUGGUUAAUUGUAAUAUUCAUAUUCUUUGGCAUCAUUGAGUGUGUGCAUAAAUUAAGAUAAUGACAUGCUUAGUCUACACAUAGAUUAAGAUGAUGGCUUGUUCAGUAUCACACGUUUGCCUACAAGUUCAUAUGGUAUUUGAUUGCUCAUAUUGCAGAAGCUCAAUAAAACAAAAUAUCGGGCUGGUGAUGAAUUGACACCUGCUGAUUUGAUGUUUGUUCAUAUUCUCACACACAUAACUUUUCAGGAUCUUGAUGAGAAAUGCAUCAGCUCCAGACCCAUCCACCCAGGAUACUUGGGGCACUAAACUUUGGUGAAGCUGCUGCCCGGCUACAAGGUAGCAAUUGGCAAGUACUCAGCAUCUGGAACAAGUACUGGGCAUGUUGUAAAUGUUCAAUAUCUUCUGUCAUAUUGUGGACAGACUAGUAACAGGCCUGGCCAUAUGCAUUUGUGUUUUGCUAAUGUGUAAUAUCUGUAUCCGUUGGUUAAUCAUACUUUAUUAUUAUUCCAGAGCAUUUCAUGUCCGAAAUUACCUGUUA